UGUGUAAAUGAGCGUGGCAUUCUGCUCACUUCCCUCUGCUCGGGCGGGCGGGGCUCGGCUGCGGGUGGGCGCGGGACCGGGGUCUCCCACCACAGCUUGGAGAAGCGGGUCAAUGCUGGGCCAGUUUGCAAACCCGCUGAGGUCCCUGCAACAGGCGGCUUGGCCAAGCCUCAGCCGCGUCUGGGUCCUGGUGUUUGGUGCAGGGAACUUGUGUCUCUUAUCAAUUGCACGUCUAUGUUUGUGAUCUCAGCAGUGUUCUGGGAAGAAGGGUCGUGGUCCACCACAGAUGCGUUUGGCAGAGGGAGCAGUGGAGAUUCGGGUCAAGGCUUAAGGCCUGGGGCUUCCAAUGAUACUCUGGGCAGGGAUGGAAGCCUAGAUGCCUCACCGCAAGGAGCGGCCGAGCGGGUCCUCGCUUAACGCACACGGCAGCAGCGGCACGGCGGAGGGAGGAAAUAUGUCCCGGCUGUCACUCACCCGGUCGCCUGUGUCUCCCCUGGCUGCCCAGGGGAUCCCACUGCCAGCUCAGCUCACCAAAGCCAACGCACCCGUGCACAUCGAUGUGGGAGGUCACAUGUAUACGAGCAGCCUGGCCACACUCACCAAGUACCCUGACUCCAGAAUAAGCCGUCUCUUCAACGGCACGGAGCCCAUUGUCCUAGACAGUCUCAAGCAACAUUAUUUCAUCGACCGCGAUGGGGAGAUUUUCCGCUACAUACUGAGUUUCCUGCGGACGUCAAAACUGCUGCUUCCAGAUGACUUCAAGGACUUCAACCUGCUGUAUGAGGAGGCAAGGUACUACCAGCUGCAGCCCAUGGUGCGUGAGCUGGAGCGCUGGCAGCAAGACCAAGAGCAAAGACGUCGCAGCCGGGCCUGCGACUGCCUGGUGGUACGGGUCACCCCUGACUUGGGUGAACGGAUCGCACUCAGUGGUGAGAAGGCCCUCAUUGAGGAGGUCUUCCCGGAGACUGGAGACGUCAUGUGCAACUCUGUCAAUGCUGGCUGGAACCAGGACCCCACACACGUCAUCCGUUUCCCUCUCAACGGCUACUGUAGACUCAACUCAGUGCAGGUCCUAGAAAGGCUGUUUCAGAGAGGGUUCAGCGUGGCCGCAUCCUGCGGGGGUGGUGUGGACUCUUCCCAGUUCAGCGAAUAUGUUCUUUGCCGGGAAGAGCGGCGACCACAGCCUACCCCAACUGCUGUCCGGAUAAAGCAGGAGCCCCUGGACUAGGCGCUGCCUCGGUGCCCACCUAAGACCCCUCAGUCCUGGGGCAACCCCAGGGACAUGGAAAUAGCGCUGAGGAGUUCUGCCUGUUUGUGCUUCACAGUGGGCACAAGACUGGGGGCGGGAUCGGAGGGUCUGCACUCACCCCUGGGAAUGCCAGGUGCGGAGGCGUGUCCACGGAAGGACUGUUGAUGUGACCUGGGGUUGAUGUGACCUGGUUGAUGUGACCUGCUGCUCCUGCUGCAACUGUGCUGCCAGCCUCCCAGCCCUCCUGCUCCUCGGCCUGGUAUAGCGUCCUCUGCUGGGCCAGUCACUCCAGAGCAGCUGUUUCUCCUCCACACUUGGCAGACAUAUUUUUCUACAGUAUUUAAAACAGUACUAACUGUCUCGCUGCACAGGUCGGCAAGGCUAAGGAGGACCAUCCAUCGCUGCUUUUACCUGGUGCUCAGUUCUCAGUCCAACUGUUCAGCAAGCCUUGCAAAGGAUGGGCUGCCGGCAUUCGGGGCCCAGGUGCCUGCUGAGCUGGGUCUGUGGGGACAGAUGUGAGGUGGCGGGUGCUACAGGACGUGGAACAGAGUCCUCUAGGGGCAGGGCAGUGGGGAAGAGGGCAAUGGGGGCUUUGUGACUCUGUGACUUUUAUCUGAGAUACUCUGCUGCCACCUGUGUCCCAGACUGCACUUGGUGCACACCUGACCUGUUAAUGCCCAGGGGCUUCCAAUCCCGACUGACUGUGCUCACAUCUGGGGGUUCUUGGAGAAGUCUCCGCCCACCCAGUCAGCAUGGGGGCCACAGCUUAUCUCAGGAAUGGGCCCUUCUACCAAGGGACCCAUCUGUCAGCAUCACUCUCUGGGUCCCCAGCUCAGGGAACCACCCUCCACCCUAGCGCCAGUUUCCCCAUUCAUAUGCACACCAAGUGUUAAUGAAAUGUCCUAAACUAGCCUGUCUGUAAGACCCAGACCCAAGCUUACCUAGUGCUCUUAACCCCAGAUUUCCAACAAGGACUGGUCCUGAGAGGUCCUCACAGAUCUGCUCUUCUCCCAGACGACAGGGCCAAAAGAUGGAUACCCUGGCCUUGUCACAUCUCCCUUAGCUCCUCCCAAGUGGAGGAACCGCAAAGAACUGACAGAUGGGGUGCCCUGGCCGGCACCCCCUUGUGUAUAACGCCUGUAGACUUGUAUAUGACUCCUUUAAUAUUGUAAAGAUGCUGAUGUACAAUUGUUCUGUGUUUGUGUGAACACACCGCGUUCCCGGUUCAUGCCAUAAAGAACGCUAUAAAGCAAAAGACUGAGGCUCCGUCCUGUGCAGAAGCUGCAGCCAGAUUCCCGCACUUGACUUCUGGCAGAGAGGGUUGGGGGGCAGUUUCCUUCCUUGGUUCUUGUGGGUCAAAUCGAGGAAGGAGCAUCCGUCCGUGGGAGGCACAGGGUCACAAUCCUGCUCUUAUUACAGCAUUUGGGUGUUUUCAUUACUUCUGCACAUCCUCCCUGGGCUACAGGGAUUCAGAAUUCUUAUUCUUAGCCCCUAACCAGAUGCAAAACUGAGAGGUAAGCACGUUUCUUCUGGUUUCAGACCAGGCACAAGUGUCUUGGAUUUUCACAUGUAUUUUAGCUGGAACUGAGGUGAUGUUCCUCCUCCUCCUCCUCCUCCUCCUCUUCCUCCUCUUCCUCCUCCUCCUUUUCCUCCUCCUGCUCCUGCUCCUCCUGCUCCUCCUCCUCCUCUUCUUCCUCCUCCUCCUUUUCCUCCUCCUCCUCCUCCUCCUCCUGCUCCUGCUCCUCCUCCUCUUCCUCCUCCUCCUCUUCCUCCUCCUCCUCUUCCUCCUCCUCCUCUUCCUCCUCCUCUUCCUCCUCCUCCUCCUCCUCUUCCUCCUUCUCCUUGACAUCUGUUUUUCUUGAGAACUUACUGUGAAUCCAGGCUGGCCUGGAACUCACUGUGUACUCCUGAUUGACCUGAGACUCCCAAGUCCUGGGAUUUCCAUCUGUUUGCCAUAUCUAACUUGCUCCCUUUAAACCCCGACACACGUACACAAUGGUAUGAGAAGCUCGGGCCAGCCAAGAGACAGAGGCUGUGCAGCCAGCGUGCAAACUGAAUUGCGUGAUGUCCCCUUCCAGGGAAGGAGUUAGGACAUGUCAGAGAGGCCCCGGGUUUUAAUGAGCGUUUUAAUUUUUUUUUUUUCUCAAAGUCCUGUAUGUUUGAGUCCUCGUGGGCUCAAUCAUUCAGGACUUUGAGUUAAAAAAAAAAAAAAAAAAUUACAUGCCUGUCAAGGGCCACCAGCCACAGAGCUUGGGAGUACAGGCCAGCACCCUACAUGGCCACAGAGCUGCCAUCCCAGUGUAGAAUCUAAUUUGCUGGUCAAACUUGUUAGGCUUCUCUGCUUAGCAGCAUGCCCACAGCUGGCACAUCUGCAUUUUGGCAUCAGGCAGGUAUCUGAGAGGAGGAAAAGGGUUGUGUUUGUUAGCAGGGAAACCUUGUGGAAACACCUAAUGCUGUGUGUGUCUGGAUUUUUUUUUCCCCCUGGCAUAACAGCUAGCGUGAGUCCUGAGGGGUGGAGAUUCUGUAGUUCUUUCAAGCCAUCUUUUUGUACAAGAAGUUGCAGCAGGGUGUGGUGGGUACUCCUGAAAUCCCAGCAGGUGGGAGGGGAAUGCAGGAAAAUCAGGAGUUCAAGGCCAUCCUCAGCUACCUAGCCAAGAAGCAUAAUUUCACACAGGUUUGGAGCUCUACCUAGGAGACUUGGGACAGGAGGAUCACAAGUUGAAGGUCAGCCUAGGGAACUUAGAGCUUGUCUUAAAAGGUAAAAGGGGGCUGGGUGUGCCCAAGGACGUAGGUUCAACUCUACUAUCCCUCCUCACUCCCCAAACAAAGUAACAAAAACAGACAAGCAAACACGAUUUUUUUUACAACAACCAAAGCGUCUGAAUUUCCAGGGAAAUGCUGUGCUCCUGCGGUGAUCCUGUCAAAAUACCCUUCUAAAUGAUCUAUGUACUCUCCUUAAAGCAUAGAGACUGAACAUUUCGCCAGAGUCUCUCCAUGAAAUACCAGCAUUACUCUCACAGCUCCCUUGUAAACCUCAGAACUAAUUAUUCUCUAUAAGCAACUGGACGGAGAGCUGGGAUCGCACGGCCUCCCACCAGACCUCUGCAGUCCAGAACCAGGGAAAGAUACAGCAGGUGGCCCCACCACUGCCCCGUGCAUGAACUCAAAGCCAGUUCACAACAUUAGUAAUACCUUUUGGAAAGUGAGUUUUUUAAAAAAGCUAUGACUUGAUUGUGUUCCUUAGAAACAAUAAAAGAUAUUUUAUAAAUGA